AAGAAUCAGCCUCAGAGGAGGAAGAAGAAACCUCGAAAUGAAGCGGACCCCCUCCGGCUCGCUUCACACUUGUUGAAUAGCAAUUACAGCCGAACCUGGGGCGGCUUCUGGACGGUUUUACACCCGGUUUUCGGAGCCUUUCUCCCGCCUGUGGAGCUGUUGGUUCCAGGCUGAUCGGUUGACCGACAGCCGGGGCUGUAUGUGACUGAAAAUAUCAUUCAUCCAUUCCACAGACACAGACACGGAUUCACUCAGCAUCCAGCUCUACUGGAUCGAUAUUUCAUUAUUUAUUCACCCAGCCUCCUGAGCGGGAAGCUCCGGGAGUCACGCCGAGCCUGGCGCCCUCUCGUCGGUGCAGCUCGCUGGGUGGCACCGCUGUCUCUGAUCUCGGCGUGGUGGACGAUCUCCUCACCGUGAGAAGACGACGAUAAAGGGGAAACAACGCCUCAACACCUCCGUGGAUCAUUCCAUCUAUGUUUAAGGAAGCUGGAUACACGAUGAAUAUUUCACGAGUUGGAUUUAAGGCUAGCUUGUGAGGCGGGAAGCUCCGAGAGACACGCCGGCCGCAGCGCCCUUUCGCCGGGCAGCACCGCUGGGUCCAGCCGGUGGGAUGACUCUCCACUAGGGCUGGGCAAUACUCCGAGUUUUAAGGAUUGUGCAGGAGGACAUGGCGGACUCGAGCAGGACGAGACCAGCGGACCCUGACGCUGCAGAAAGCCGGACGGAGAGCCCUCUGAGCGGGAAGAAGAGGCUGCAGCACUCCCCGGGUCUGCGGCCAAAGUACCAGAGCUCGGCGCCGGGUCACUGCCUCAGGAAAGUGACCUUGACCAAACCCACGUUCUGCCACAGCUGCAGCGACUUCAUCUGGGGGCUCAUUGGCUUCCUGUGUGAAGUCUGUAACUUCAUGUGUCAUGAGAAAUGUCUGAAGACUCUGCGUGCGGCGUGUUCCUGCAUGGCUCCGUCUCUGGUGCGGGUCCCGGUGGCUCACUGCUUUGGUCCUGCGGGUCAUAAAAAACGUUUCUGCAGCGUCUGCAGGAAACAAACGGAGGGAAACACAGCGCUGCGCUGUGAAGUGUGUGAGCUCCACGUCCAUGCUGACUGUGCCGUCUUCAGCUGUGCAGACUGUCGCCGCAGUCACCUGGACGCCACUCUGCAGCAGGAUACGUUCCACCACCACUGGAGGGAGGGGAACCUGCCGUCAGCAGCCCGGUGUGAGGUCUGUCGGCGCUCCUGUGGGUCGUCUGAUGUCAUGGCGGGGAUGAGGUGUGAAUGGUGCGGCAUCACGACUCAUGCGGCGUGUUACCUCAGUGUGCCACCAGAGUGCACUCUAGGUCGCCUACGCUCCAUGAUGCUGCACCCUUCCUGCCUCCACCUCGACUCCAGAAACUUCAGCAAGAUGCACUGUUACAGAAUCACUGAGAGCUGCAGCCACGAGCUAGAUAAUUCUGACGACGUGGAUCUGUCUGCUGCUGUGACUAAAGACGGUCAGCCGGCUGCUCCAGAGUCAGGUAAACAGUUCCUGAAGGUGUUUGACGGCGAUGAUGCUGUAAAACGCGGCUGCUUCCGAUCGGUCUCCAUCCUCCGAGCCACCAGGAACGAGGAAGUGGUGGAGGCAGCACUGAGAGCCUUCUACCUCCCCGAUGAGCCUCAGGACUUUGAGCUGCACGAGGUCGGCGGGAUGCAGCGUCUCCAUAGUGACGACAUCCUGAACCGUAACGGUGGUCCGGACAACAGGAGCUCCCAGAAGGACGGAGGAGACACGUGGCUCCUGAGAGCCAAACCUCGGGACACUGAGGUCAUCCAGGUGCACGCAGGAUGGCCCAGGUCGGACGCAUCCCCUGUCUCGGUCUUGGUCUCCAAAAACAGCACAGCAGCUUCAGUCCUCACUGAGGUCCUCAGCAAACUCGACAGACAGGGAGAAGACUUGUCCAGUUUCACCCUGAUGGAGGUUUACAUGAGCAGUAAACAAGUGCAGAGACAGACUCUGACUCCUCAGGAGAACAUUCUGGAGAAACUGCAGGAGAUCAGGAAGACGUCUCUGCGUCAGAUGAAUCAGACUCGCUUCUACGUGGUGGAGAACGUGAACCGAGCGGUGCAGGUCGGCCUGCUCAUCGGAGGACUGCCCCCCCUGCUGGCCAAAGAGGAGUAUGUCCAGUUGAUAGAGGAGCACCUGGCCAUCAAGAGUCAUCUGGUCUCCAUCAGCCACAUCUAUGGCAGUCAAGGUGCGGUGGCAUUGCAGAUCUCAUGUUUCUCUGAAGCAGAACGGAUCUACAUGCUCGCUAAAGACACGACGGUCAACAACAAGACUCUGACAUCACUGGUCAUCCCAGAGAUUCAGCACAACAAACUGGGUGACGACGUCUGUCCUCUGCUCGUGUUCGUUAAUCCAAAGAGCGGUGGUCUGAAGGGCAGAGAGCUCCUCUACAGCUUCCGGAAACUCCUGAACCCUCACCAGGUCUUUGACAUCUCAAACGGAGGACCGCUGGUCGGCCUGCAUACGUUCAGAGAGGUUCCCCACUUUCGGGUCCUGGUCUGUGGAGGUGAUGGCACGGUGGGCUGGGUGCUGGGAGUCCUGGAGGCUGUCCGGCACAAACUGGUGUGCCGAGAACCGCCUAUUGGGAUUGUCCCUCUGGGAACAGGUAACGACUUGGCUCGUGUCCUGCGUUGGGGGGCAGGUUACAGUGGCGAGGACCCUCAUCACAUCCUUGUCUCUGUGGAUGAGGCGGAUGAGGUUCUAAUGGACCGAUGGACCAUCCUGCUGGAUGCUCAGGACAUCUCUGAGGACGGGAAGGACAACGGCUUCCUGGAGCCGCCAAAGAUUGUGCAGAUGAACAACUACUUUGGUCUGGGGAUCGACGCGGAGCUCAGCCUCGACUUCCACCAGGCCAGAGAGGACGAACCUGAUAAAUUCACCAGCAGGUUCCAUAACAAAGGUGUAUACGUGAAGGUUGGGCUGCAGAAGAUCAGCUAUACCAGGAGUCUCCACAAGGAGCUGCAGCUGCAGGUUGAUGCUCAGAACGUCCAACUGCCCAACAUUGAGGGCCUCAUCUUCUUAAAUAUACCCAGCUGGGGUUCUGGUGCUGAUCUCUGGGGGUCGGAGGUGGACAGUCGCCACGGUAAACCAAGGAUAGACGACGGCCUGCUGGAGGUGGUCGGGGUCACCGGGGUCGUCCACAUGGGCCAGGUACAGAGCGGCCUGCGCUCAGGGAUCCGUAUUGCUCAAGGGAACUACAUCAGACUGACCGUGAGUAAACCCAUACCUGUGCAGGUGGACGGAGAGCCGUGGAUCCAACCACCAGGACACAUCAUCAUCUCUGCUGCUGGACCAAAGGUUCGGAUGUUGAGGAAGUCCAAACAAAAGCAGAAGAAAUCAGCCGGCGUGAAAGACGGACGUGCUGAGAGCCCGUCCUCCAGAGAUGGACCGCACUGACCGACCUGCCUGAAAACCGCUGUCCUGCCUUUACCUGCUUCCUGUUUGAGAGGGAGGCCGUUUGUGGCUGGAGCAGUCAGCUGUGAUUUCACUCAUGUAGCUUUGUAGAGACGCUGACAGCUGCAGAUCUACGUACAUAGAGACUGAAGGAGGUUUACAUGGAGAGACGGCGUCACGGAUCGAGUACCGUCGGAUAAUUUCCAUCCUGCUGAUAAAACACUCACAGGUUAAUAUUCAUGGUUUUAACUUAAACACAAGCAUUAAUAAUAAUAAUAACUGGCUCCAUGACGGAGCUCUGCUCUGAUUCAUGAUUCAGUUUGGAUAAGCUCCACAGAUGAAGAAGUAUUUAACAGAAGUUUGACAUUUCUGUGGUGAAGUGACUGUAUCUGUGCCGUCAGUAGCCGUAGACUCGGUGUCAUUGGUGAAAUAUCUUUAUUUUAGUGCAGCUAGAGAGACUUUGACCUCCGUGUCAGUCAGAUUUAAUGAAGAAACGUCAAACUGAACGACGGCAGCUUCUUUAAAAAGCUGUAACUCCUUUAGGCCCAGUUCAGACCAAAGAUCCACAACGCAACAAGACCCCUUUACACGAUUCAGCCAUAUUUACUCAGACACACAGCCGCCCAUAGGAGGGCGGAGCUUUCUGGGGCCUGGACAAACUGAGGGCACAUGGAGGUCAGUAAAACCAGGGUCCAUUAUAAAGUGAAGCUGUGAUAACAUUAUUUUAUUUAUAACCUGAAAAAUAACCACUCUGAUUAAAGCAACCUAAAAUAAUUUUACUGCUGUUGUACAAUAAAGAACAGUUUUUCAAAGUGUUAACCCUUUUAUUAAAACAGAAUUACCUUUUUAUUAUUAGCAAUGUGGAUGGACACACUGAACUGAAAUGUAGAAAGUAAUGUUAGACUUCAGAGCCAAGCCAUGAUGAGGACAAGAUGAGAUGACGUUAAUGGAAAAGAAAGAAAUAAUUGUGAAAAGAGACACAAAAAUUGGGCAAAAUAGUGGCAAAAAUGAGCAAAAUCUGUCUAAAAUGUGGUAACAGUUGCAAAAAGUGGAAAAAGCAGAAAAAAUUA